UGAAAUAAUUUGUAGGAUAAUGUUGUUAAAGUGUGAUAAGUGUUGUUUAUUAAGCUGUACGGACGUUUCGAUACACAUACUUCUACUUGAUGCUGGGCGACAUGAGCGCCCUAUUUAAGUGUAGCACUGUUUUUGUUGAUUUUUUUUGUUAUCAAAACAUGUGUUAAUGUGCUGCGUGUGCAAUCAACAAACAGAUGUUCAUCUAGUUCACGUGUUAAUUGUGUAUUGCGCUAACAGCAAACUACCGUUCUGUAGAAACCGGAACAAAAAAUUUCACCAAUAAAAUGGCAGCAAACGUUACACGAAUCCUAGAUACCCGACCAAUAACGUCUACAGUUAUGGGAACACGGGAAAGCCUUUUACAGUUAUCUUUUAUUUAGGUUAUAGAACGGGGUUUCCAAUGUCAUGGUGGCAUUCACUCACUUCGGAAGAUGAGUGCAACCGACCAUUGGAAGGGGAGUUUUCUUUUCUCAGCCCAGAUAAUGCACAGAAACACUGCUGUGGAACGGUGUUGUAAAUAUGCAACUGUGUAAAGGCGAUUUAGCUUUAGUUUUAUACACUUUAAUGCAUAAUAUACUUUGGGAGGAAGAUACGUCGACCCACGUACGGUGGGCAGCAGGGUGUGUAUAAACAUUGAGUGGAGUUGUAGUCGAAUGGGAUCCUGACCUUUUGUAUUUUCUUUUGCGGAAAUUACGCUGGUCAAUGAUUGGAACUUUCUCUUUUGCUGGCAGUGAUAUUUUGUCUGUCUCUUUUGAUUCGUUCGUAUAUUCGUCAUGCACCGUAGAUCCACAUUACCACAGCAGUAGCAGCCUCCGAAAAGCACACGUUGGCUUUGGAUGGGGAAUCCCAUGUACACAUCUGUAGACUACGGGCAUUCAGAACUACUUUGUCGUGAUAAUCAUGUGUGUUAUUAUUUUAAGUAUUCAUUAUUCCAUGACGACUGAACGUGAUAUGAAAUCGCUUGCUUAUCAUGUUACAGGACGAUAAACGAUUCUAAUGAAAUGCGUUAAUCUUUUCAAAAUCUUCUCAUCAACGAGCAGGUUGACCCGUAAAGAAAUGAGUCCAGCAGGGUGCUAACAAGCCCGGCAGAAAGUUUCUGGGGCACCGGGUUUCGUGUUAAUUUGUAGGUCGUGUCUAUUCUAAACCUUGCACGGCGUAAAACAAGUUGUGAGCCGCUUGUCUUUUCCUCACAAGUAUUUUACGGUACGGUUUUUCGGUUGUUUCUGUCAGCAGACAUACGUUUUAGAUUAGGUUGAACAAAAGAAGAGUUAACAGACAAGUCAUUGUGCUGGCGUAAUCUUUUUACGCAGCGUUUGAGCGAAACCAUUACAGUUUAAGGUAAACACACACUCACACACACAUGAAUCGUCGAUCGAUCGUGAUGCGCCCGAAAAGAGAAAGUUUUACUCAUGGAUAUUAUAUCAUGACCGUCGUUUUGUUCCUUGACGCUGGGUCAGUUUUUUGAGUGCCAUGUUUCGAUGGAAGUGAAGGUGCUGUUUUGGGACAUUGUUUGUGACAUAGCUGUUUCGUUUGUGUGUGUGUGUUUUUAUAAAACUUUUUAAUACAAUCCUUAAGACGAAGUUGCUUUUUGAAAUUGCGGGAAAGCUUUGUUGAAUUUUCUUCAACAGGAUAUUUGAAUGUUUUUCGAGAAUUCAAAAGUGUGAGGAGACAUACGAGCAAGAUGAAUCACAAAGUUGGACAAAACAUGCUUGUUUUGGGGCUUGUGUUAAGCAAUCUGGUGAUCUGUACCUUGGCAUAUCCGCAACAGUACCAACAGCACACGGUGGAGCAGAGAAAGUUUGCGGAAAAACCGAACGCCAUUAAGAAAGUGGCGCUCGACGAUAUCGAUGAGAUACAGACCAACCAGAUACAGGAGGGCGGAUUUUCAUGGUCCAACAUGCUCGGGCUGCUGAUGCAAAUGAUUUUCAACGGAGGCGGUGGUGGCGGCGGAAAUGUGCCGACCAAGUCGGACGACAUCGACAACGGUGUGUCAUCGUUCGGUCAGUCGCCGUGGGCCAAUGUGAUUUCGGUUGGCCUGAAGAUUAUCACCACCCUGCUUGGCGGCGGCGGUGCCGGAGACGGCAUCGAUAAGGUCGACAACGGUGGUUCUCCGAUGCAGAACGUUCUAGCUGCCGUUUUCACAGCCAUGUUUGGCGCCAAAGAUCCGGACCAAGUAAAUACGAUGGCAAAACAGGCUGGCGAGUUCAUUAACAUCGUCGUAAAUCUGCUGGAUGCGCUGAAGACGUCGUUUUCCCAUCGUUCACUGACCGCCCGGAAUCUUGGCAAGAAGGACGUGAUCAGCGAUGCCACCGUUGCCAGUUUGAGCAUGAUGAAGGGCUACGUACGCAGCACGCGCAAUGCCGACGAUCGAUGCAUGCAAAAGUUUCUCUGUGAAGCAAACAUCGACUGCAUGGGCGCGAUCGGCGGUUCAAGCAUAUUCUGUCAAUUAGGCUCGUAUGCUACCAGCUACAUUCUAGAACGACAAACUGGCAAAUCGUUUGAAAGCUUUUACGAAGCUGGCAGGAACGGACGUUCCGGAUUCGAUUGCCGACAGUUGUACCUGGAAUGCAACGAAGUAUAAACCGAAGGACUUGCG